CCGAACGCUGACUGCGGUGGUUGUCAGGGCCCGCUAUGUCCAGCAUAGCGGCCAAGCGUAUUCAGAAGGAGCUGGCCGAACUACUUCGGAGCGAUGAGGUUGCGCAAAAUCAGAUCGAGAUCAAACCUAGCGGUGACGACAUUAUGCACCUCCAAGGUGUAAUUAACGGACCACCAGAUACUCCUUACAAUGGCGCGAAAUUCCAACUCGAAAUCAUCAUUCCGUCGAAUUAUCCUUUCGUUCCUCCAAAGGUUAAAUUUCUUACACGGAUUUGGCAUCCCAAUAUUAGCAGCGCGACAGGUGUCAUAUGUUUGGAUGUGCUCAAAGAUCAGUGGGCCGCUGCAAUGUCUUUGCGCACUGUCCUUCUGUCCAUCCAAGCCCUUCUGGCAUCCCCGGAGCCUGAUGACCCUCAGGAUGCUGUGGUCGCCAACCAGUACAAAUCCUGUCCCGCAGCAUUCGAUCGAACAGCUCAAUACUGGGCUGCUAUUUAUGCAGGUGGACCGUUCAAAGACACUGAAUGCAAUUCUUUGGUGGAUCAACUGGUUAGCAUGGGUUUCGACGAGCACGAAUCCCGUUGCGCACUUUCAAUGAAGAACUGGGAUCUUCCCCAAGCAACCGAGCAUCUGCUCAAAUAGGUGAUUACAAAUGCACGCGGGUGUACUUAUUUCUUUAUCAGUGGUUCCAUUCAGCCCAGUCAGAGUGCUUUCGAAAUUCACCCUUGAGCCCUUGUUCUCUCUUCCCAUAUGCCUAGGGUGAGUGAGUACGUGUGUUCGGGUGCGCGGGUAAAUGUACCCAGACUGAUUUCUUAACUGAUCCAGUCCAUUUUACCCGCCGCGAUCACCACCUUCACCGUUACCACUCAUUUUGGUCAGCCUGUUAGUGCUAACUGUGGAUUGAGGAAUUUUUUCGAUUCAUGCUGCUUCCCAGUUGACAGUGUUCCGCUCGUCCGUGUAUCUUCAGUCUCCGAUGCGGCUUUUGUGCCAUAGAAGCUCCCGUGUUUGACUGUUUCCCUCUGUGCGAAUGCGUGAAGAAUUGCUGCAAUGUAACAACCGUCUUUUGAAUUUUGUUGAGAGCCCCAUUACGGACAGGAUACGAUGCUUGGUACCGUAAUCACAGCCACGCUUCACCUACAUAUAGCGGUCAUAAUUGAAAGAAUACUCUCG